AUGAAGCCAGAAGAAGAUGCUGAACAUGACCAUGAUGAUCAUAGCGAAAAAGACGAUGAAGAGAGAGAUGAUGAUGACGAUGAAGAUGAUGAAGAAAAUGAAGAGGAUCGUAAUGAAUAUCAUGUCGACGAUCACGAUGAAUGUGACGGAGAUGAAGAUGUCGUAGAAGAAAAUGAUCACGAUAAUGAUGACGAUCACGUGGAAUAUGGAGGUGAUGGUGACGAUGGUGAUGAUGACAAUGAUGAUGAUUCGGAUGAUUCGGAUGAUUCGGAUGAUGAUGAUAUUGCCGAAAGAACUGAUGAUCAUGAUGAUGAUGAUUUUGACGAUGAUGAUUAUCACGCUGAUGAUCGUGGUCAUGAAGAUGAUGCGCAUGAUGCCGAUGAUGAUGAUGCAUAUGGUGAUGAUGAUGAUGAAUUUGACUAUGUGGAUGAUGAUGGUGAUGAUGAUGAUGAUGAUGAUGAUGAUGAUGAUGAUGAUGAUGAUGAUGAUGAUGAUGAUAAUUUUGUUGAUGAUGACGACGAUGAUUAUAAUGACGUCGAUAUUGAUGAUUUUUAUUUUGAUGAUGGUAAUUAUUGUGAUGAUAAUGGUUCGGAUGAUUAUGAUUACGUCGGUGAUGGUGUUGAUGAUUUGGAUGGUGUUGAUGAUGGUGAUGAUAAUAAUAAUGAUGAUGUUGAUGGCAAUCAUGACCAUAAUUGUGAUGACAAUGUUAAUGUUGACUAG